UUCGGCGAGUCGACACAGCCUCCGUCGACGCCUCAGUACGGCUUCGGCUGCCGACGCGGUAACUUGUUUAGUGUUUGUCGUGCUAGGGCAGGUGGCGCCGGGCCGACCGUGACCUCCCUGUUACCGUGUGUUUCUGUAUUUUAGAAGAAUAUUCAAACUUGAGAGAGAGAGAGAACAGUUAGAACUCAAUAAACUUGCAGUUAGAGAGCAUCGAAUUGGUGUAACUGAAGUUUAUCAAGAAGAGGAGAAACGUUAAAGCAGACAUGCGGCGAAAUGUGAAAAUUGUGCUUCUACUGUCAUGCGCGUGGAUGUUUGCCUUUGUUUACUACUACCACACGUCCAAGGAUACCAAGGUAAGAACGUUCAGCAGUGCCAUCUAUCCGUGAGACAUCGAGAUAACUUACGUCAAUCAGAAUGAAAAUAGAGCGCUGAGGCUCAAGGAACCAGGGUCCCUAUCUCUGUCUGCCGGAAGUUCCGGUGGUUAUAUGGAUCCAGAUGGUACCGCCAUUGUUAUGUCGUCCGAACUACUUCCGGCACCGAGUUCCGACCCACGGGUCACCUGGAAUUACUUCGACGAGCACGGGUACGUGUCCAGGGGUGGUUUAAGGGCCGGCGAGGAUCCGUACGCCAGGAAUAAAUUCAACCAGGAAGCAUCCGACGGUUUGCCAAGCAACAGGGACAUUCCUGACACCCGGAGUGCCAUGUGCCGGAUGAAACAAUGGAAGGGUGAUUUACCACCGACGUCCGUUAUAAUCACUUUUCAUAACGAGGCACGAUCAACCCUAUUGCGCACGGUGGUAAGUGUCCUUAACAGAAGUCCAGAGCAUCUCAUCAAGGAGAUCAUUCUGGUAGAUGACUUCAGUGAUCAUCCUGAGGACGGAGAGGAACUUUCAAGGAUUCACAAAGUCCGUGUGAUUAGAAACGAGAAACGAGAAGGUCUAAUGAGGUCAAGAGUUCGUGGAGCGGAUGCAGCGACUGCGAGCGUGCUGACAUUUCUGGAUUCCCACUGCGAGUGCAAUGCUGAUUGGUUGGAGCCACUCCUGGAGAGGGUUGCCGAAGAUCCUAGUCGAGUAGUCUGUCCUGUGAUCGACGUUAUCAGUAUGGAUACCUUCCAAUACAUUGGAGCUUCAGCUGAUCUGAGAGGUGGUUUUGACUGGAGUCUGGUAUUCAAGUGGGAGUACCUUAGUCCUACAGAAAGACAGGCCAGGCAGAAGGAUCCCACUAAAGCUAUAAGGACUCCAAUGAUAGCAGGUGGACUUUUCGUUAUCAAUAAAGCUUAUUUUGAAAAACUUGGAAAAUACGAUACCCAGAUGGACGUAUGGGGUGGUGAAAAUUUAGAAAUUUCCUUCCGAGUCUGGCAAUGUGGAGGUAGUCUGGAGAUUAUACCGUGUUCAAGAGUAGGACACGUUUUUAGAAAACGACAUCCUUAUUCCUUCCCUGGCGGAAGUGGCAAUGUUUUUGCUAGAAAUACUAGGAGAGCAGCUGAGGUCUGGAUGGAUGAUUACAAACAAUUUUAUUAUAAUGCUGUACCAUUAGCCAGGAACAUUCCUUAUGGAAAUAUUCAAGAUAGAAUGGAAUUGAAGCGGAUACUACAUUGUAAGCCGUUCAAUUGGUACCUGCAGAAUGUAUAUCCGGAAUUAGUGAUUCCUACAAGUGAAGGAGGUCCAGGUGGAUCUUUAAAACAAGGAUCAGCCUGUCUGGACAGUAUGGGUCAUCUCCUGGAUGGUAACGUAGGGUUGUAUCCUUGUCACGACACCGGCGGUAACCAGGAAUGGGGUCUGACUAAAGAUGGCCUGAUAAAGCAUCAUGAUCUCUGUCUGACCUUGCCCGUAUACGCAAAGGGUACUACGCUACUUAUGCAAAUCUGUGAUGGCAGUGAAAAUCAAAAAUGGCGACAUCUCGAAGGUGGACUUAUACGUCAUAGUAGAAUUCCAGUUUGUGUGGAUUCGAGGUAUCAUGCUCAACGAGGUAUCACUGCAGAGAAGUGUGAUUCCAGUGCGGAUAGUCAACGGUGGGAUCUUUAUAAUCAUAAUCACUAACAGCGUAAUACGAUGAAAAGAAGAAUCAGAUAAUCGAGAAAGUAAUCUGAUUAAUCAAGAAAGUUGAUGAUUGAAGAAUCAUCAUAAAGAAAAAGAAGAGGAGUAGGGCUCUGUAAAGCGCAGCCCUUGAUUUCGGUGAGCGCCGCAUCGUCGAUGACUUUUGCGUGUACAUAAACUAAAAAAAAAAAGGAAGACUCGUUUUGCGAAUGAAAGUUGCGUUCUUCCAUAUUGAAUUUUCAUUUCGGACUAAUGGCAGUCUUAUCAGGAGGUUUAGCAAUUCUCAAACUGUACUUAGAAUAAUUACCAGUGUCGUUAAUUCCACGAUUAUAUAAACUUUUGGAUAAAUUUUCAAAAUUAUUUAAAUACUUCUCUGGGAAUUAUACAAGGAAAGAAACGACAAGCAAUGGUUUUAGGAAUCUCGUGAUCUUUCUAUGAGGAAGUUCACGGGCGGCCAUUUUGGUCCUGCUGUGAGCUUCUUUGUUUUUUAAUGCGUAACACUUUAUGUUGUCACGCAGAUGUUUAUUUUUAUAAUAAAUUAUAUCUUCACUUGGUUGUGCGAAUGGGCUAGGCUUAAGAAUCGCGUUGAUCUCUAAUUGUGACAAGAAAGCAGGAGUUAUGUGGAAAACUGAAAUCCACGUUAUUGAUUAAAAGAAAUAAGCGCCCAUGGGAUUGCGCUGGAAAUAGCAAUAUGCGACGAGACGCUCCUUUUUCAUAUUACAAUUAAUACUCGUCAAUGACAUUAUAAAUAAUUAAUUAACGUCGCUCUAAGCUUUUGUACGAUAAUCCACGGCUACUGCAGCCGUCCGAGGAAUCUCGUCGAUUUAUGUAUAUAUAUACUUAUUCGUAUACACGUAUACAUACAUAUAUAUACGAGUAUGUUAAAUAAAGAAGCGACUCUCAGGGUCUCUAGGUAGACCGAUCGUGCGACAUAAAUCAAGUCAAGUGAAUUGAUCUGGAUCUCCGAAAUUCAUUUUGAUUCGGAGUACUUUUUAUUCCACGCAAUUUCUUUCCACGUCCCAAUGUUAAUAUACCCAUUUUUUCUGUCCUCUUAUCCUUCCCUGUUCUGAUUCCUGAAACGACAUCACACGUCAGGGAGAACGUUCUCUCCUGCGACAUAGUACUAGUAAGACACCGUAAUCGCGUACUUGUAUAUACUUGUAAUAAUUAUGGCGCGGCUCGCGGACGUGUGUCGUAUUUUGCGAUUUCUUUUUAGUCUAUAAAGAUAGUGAGACUAAUGAAUGAUAGUCGAUGUUAUGUACUAUACGUAUUAACGUGGCGGUACGGAUUAAUUUUUUUUACAAUUGCGUUCCGAAAUUUUAUUAGAAAUAAUAUGUUAUUUUAUGCCCUUCUUAUUAUACGCGAGGGUGAUUUGAUUCGGUGACGUACUUUGUUAGUGUCGUGUUCUUUUUAAUUUUGCAAUAGGAUUUGAUGAUACGGUUUCACGACCGGUAUUCUAAGAGACAUUGGCACUGCUGUUCAUUCUAUUCCGCAUUUUUGCAAUGUAUUAUAUUAAAUGUAUGUACCUUAAGGAUACGAUACGUUAGUUAUAUUAUAGGAAAGGAGUUUUUCUAAUAAAAUGUGGGAUAUUUCCAAAUGA